CCGGAUUCACCGAUCGCCCAGCGCGCACCUUGCCGGGAGUUCACCCAGCCAGACGCCGGCCUCCGUCCUCAAGCCUGGGGAAAACUCCAGGCGCACCAGAAGCUGAGCCCGGAAGCCGCGCGCCGCCACACGCUAUGAGCGGCCCGCUGCGGCCGGGCCCAAGCAGUUGGCGGCGGGCGGCCACCGUGGUGCUGGCUGCCGGCUGGACGCUCCCGGUCCCCGGCGCCCCGCCGCGGUCCCCGCCGCCCGCCGAGGGCUUCCGGCUGCUGCUGCUGCUGCGCUCUGCGCGCCAAGGCUUCUUGCCCGGGGCGCACGUUUUCCCGGGUGGGGUGCUGGACGCGGCAGACCGCUCGGCCGACUGGCUGCGCCUCUUCGCGCCGCACCACCGGCCGCCCCGCUUCGGCCUGGGCCCGGCGCCGCCCAGACGCGCCACCUUCCCGGUGCUGCCAGAUGCCAGGCCCGGAGCCGCCGACGGGGACGAGGCGGCGCUGCCGGAUGACGUUGCCUUCCGCAUCUGCGCCAUCCGCGAGGCCUUCGAAGAGGCAGGCGUGCUGCUGCUGCGGCCCAGGGGCCCGAGGCCCGCCGCGCCCGAGCCGGGCCGCGCCCUCGCGCCGCCGCCGGCCCUGGCCGACUGGCGCGCCCGCGUCCGCCGAAACCCGCAGCACUUCCUGCGCCUGUGCGCUCACCUAGACUGCACUCCCGACAUCUGGGCGCUGCACGACUGGAGCGCCUGGCUCACGCCUUUCACGCAGCGCCGUGGCCGCCGCUUCGAGACCACCUUCUUUCUGUGCUGCCUAUGCGAGCCGCCGCCGGUCUUCCCCGACUUGGUGGAGGUGGUGGACUGCCAGUGGUCAUCUCCGUCAGAGGCAACUGAAAGCUUCAUAUCAAAGGAAAUUUGGCUUGCACCUCCACAGUUCUACGAAAUAAGAAGACUAGAACACUUUGCCUCUCUCUCUGACUUGCACAAAUUUUGUUUGGAUCGUGAGUUAGAGGGGGUGGAAAGAUGGCUGCCGAUCACAUUAUUAACUGCUGAUGGAACAAUCCAGCUUUUACCAGGAGAUGAGAUGUACUUAGAAGAUUCAAACUUUUUAGAAAAUCUUAUGUCCACUGAAAAAAAGAAUGAAGAAAUCAUGCAAGAAGGCACGAAAUUUCACCGAGUAGUGAUGUACAGUCGCCAUGAUUAUAAUAUCCACGUGACAGUUCAGUCAAAGUAUAAACAUGUUUAUCCUAAGAACUAUGUAGUGAGUAAGAGCCGUCUGUAGAGAAUGGCUUCUUUGUAAGCUGGCCUC